AUGAAUAGAAAUUAGUAAUAACAAGGAAAAAGAAAGUAGAACAAUAAUAAUAAUAGAGGACAGCAAUAACAAUAAAAUUCUUAAUAACGCCCUUAAUAAUAAUAAUAAUAAUAAUAAUAAUACAUCCAACAAUCCUAAAGAAAUACAAGAGGAAGAGAGUUUAGAAGAAGAAGAUAAGAAUAAAAAGAGAGAGAAAUGUAAAGAACAAUUUAAAAAUAAAAUCAAAUUGAAUUUACAAAUUGGUUCAAUUCUAUUUCAACAACAAUGACAAAUAUAGAUAAUAUCAUGUUAAAGUUUUAACAAUAAGAUGAUUUAGAAGAAUUGUUUAGUAAUAUGAAGAUACAUCCAAAUUAACUAAAUUCUUUCAUUACUCUAAUGAGAAUUUUUGGAGAAUAAAAAUAAUAUGAUGCUUCAGGCUAUGUAGAUUUAAUAUUAAGAAGUUCUAGCUUUAAUACUCAAAUAGAUGAAAAAUGCACUUUACUUUUACUUUAUUAAAACUCUAUAGAGUAUUUGAAUUAAGAAUUGGAAAUAUUGUACAGAUUAUUUUAAAGUUUAAAACUUCGUGAUUAUUACUCUCUAAAGCAGUCUAGCAUUGCUAGUUUUUAUAAUCUUUUAAAAAUCAUCGAAUUAUAUAAUCCAACCCUUCAAAAUAAAGCAAAUAAAAUUUUUUCGAACUGUGAUUAAUUCUUAAAAUAAAUUUAUUCUACAGCUAAAGUCUUAGAAUGGAGAUAAAUCCCUAUAUAUCCUGUAGAAUUAGAAUUCUUUUCAUACAAUGGGAGAGCUAAUUAAUUAUUUGGAAAAUUAGAGAUUCUGUAGAUUGGAAACAAAAGUCUUGAUUUAUAUCUUGAUUUUCAUUUUAAUCUUAUAAGAGAAGAUUAUAUAUUAGAGUUCAAAGAAGCAAUUAUUAGUUUAAAUGAAUUUGGAUUUUAAAAUGUUAACAGGGAAAAAACUAGUAAUAUUGGUUUAUAUUAAAAUAUUGAACUGUUAUCAUCAGGAAUGAAUAAUUAGGAUAUAGUUUGGAAAAUUUAAGUUGAAUAAUUUAAUAUGGAUGGUAGAAAGUAGAAGAAUAUAAAUUGGGCAAAAUCAAAAAAGUUGGCUUCUGGUUCAUUAAUUUGUUUAACUAAUAUUGAAUGUUAUCCAUUAAUUUUUGGAGUUAUUACAUAUAGAGAUGUUAAAUAAAAUUAAUAUAAAAAUGGAAAAAUAUAAUUAGAGUUUAGAUUUUUAAAUCUAAAUACAUCAUUAAUGCAAUUUUUUAAUUUAUUUUCAUAAAAAACAAUACUAAUGUAAUGUGAAGGAUUAAUUGAUCCUAUUCUAUAUUAUUUAGAAUCAUUAAAAAAUAAAGUUAGUCUACCUUUUGCAAAUAUUAUUAUUGAAAAUUAAAAUGUGAUAAAAUAACCUAAUUAUUUAAAUUAUAAUCCCGUUUUUGAUAUUGAUAUAUCAGGUAGUAAUUUUUAUUAAGGAAAUAAAUUCAAUAUAUUUUAAUAGCCUUGGCCAUAAUUGUAAACAUCUCUAGAUUUAUCUUAAAUAAAUGCUAUCAAAUUGAUGCUUUAAAAGGAAGUAGCUUUAAUUUAAGGACCUCCAGGAACAGGUAAAACUUAUUGCGGAGCUCUUGCUGUUAGGUUAUUGUAUCAAAAUUUACAAAAAAAGGAUUUCCCAAUUUUAAUUGUUUGUUAUACAAAUCAUGCUUUAGAUUAAUUCUUAGAACAUAUUAUUAAAUUUGUACCAAUUGAAUAUGUUGCAAGAUUAGGGGGUUAAUCAAAAAAUCCUAUAUUAUAAUAAUGUUAAGUUAGGUGUAGAUAAAAAGUAGAUUUUGAAUUUCGAGAAUUUAAUAAAUUAAAAAAACAAAUGGGUACAAUAAUAGAAAGAAUGCUAAAAUAUGAGUAUUAAAUUAAGCCAAAAGAUUUAGAAAAAUUAUGGCCAGAACUAUAUUAAUCUAUAAUUUAUAACUUUUUUUGUGAUAAUGACUUACUAGUAAAUGAUGAGGAAAUUGAUGAAGAUCUUUAUUUAUAGGAAAAUGGAGAAUAAGAAUUGAUAAAAAAUUGGAUUUACUGUUAAAAACCUAAAGAGAAUACUAUUGUUGAAGGUUAUUUAAAUGGAAUGAAUAGAUAUUUUAAAAUGGAUCAGAUACUUAAAUAAACUUAAUAAUUUAUAAAUUUAUAAAAAACUCCUGGUUUAGAAAGGUAAGAACAUGAUAGUUCAGAUGAAGAAUUAGAUGAAUAUUUAGAUUCAGAAGAUGAAGCAAAUUAUAAUGAUAAUUAUAAGGAUCUUAAAUUUAAUUCAUUUGGCGUAGAUUAAGCAAUUAAAAAUUUUAAUGAGCUUCAUUAAAAUUAAAAUUUAUUACAUUAUACCUAUCCUUCAAUUGAAAAUAUAAAAAGUUAUCUUAAUUAACACAAGAGUAAUCCUUGGAAAUUAAAUCCAAUUGAUGUAAAAGAAAUCUUAAUAUAUUUAGAAUGUCUAAGAUAUUAAAAUGAUAGUAUAAAAUUUUAAAAAUUAUACAAAUAAUUUUCUGAAUAAUCUAAUAAACUUAAAGAUUUAUAUGAUGAGAAUGAGAUUUAAAUAUUAAAUAGCAUGAAGAUUAUAGGAGUAACAGUAACAGGUGUAGCUAAAUAAACAAAUAAAUUAUAAAAAUUAAAUACAAAGAUAAUGGUAAUCGAGGAAGCUGCUGAAGUAUUAGAAUCUCACAUAGCAAGUAUAUUAACUUCAAAUUUAUAACAUUUAAUUCUUAUAGGUGAUCAUUAAUAAUUAAAACCAUCUCUAAAAAAUUACUUUUUAUAAGAGAAAUUGAAAGCUAACGUAUCUUUAUUUGAAAGAUUAUUUUUAAAUAAAUUACCAAGUGUUACUUUAACAUCAUAAAGAAGAAUGAAAACAAAGUUUGCAGAUUUUAUACGUUAAAUUUAUGGAUAAUCUUAUGAAGAUCAUCCAGAUAUAUUGAAAUUAAAUGAAAAAGAAGUACUUGGUUUAGAGAAAGAUCUAGUAUUUUUUAAUCAUAAAUGGUUUGAGGCUUAAGAUGAAAAUUCAAAAGAAAAUAAAUAAGAAGCAUAAAUGAUUUAUUAAAUGGUUUAAUAUCUAUUGAAAUGUGGUCAUUAAUAAAAUUCAAUAAGUGUACUAACUUUAUAUUUAAAAUAAGCAUAAAUAUUAAAAAGAAAGUUUUUAGAUUCUAAAUAAAAUUAAAUAAAAGUAUAAACAGUAGAUAAUUAUUAAGGAGAAGAAAAUGAUAUAGUGAUUAUAUCUUUAGUGAGAAAUAAUAAAAAAAAUAUUUUAGGAUAUAUAUCAAUAGAAAAUAGAAUAAAUGUAGCAUUAUCAAGAGCAAGAAUAGGUUUAUAUGUAUUUGGAAAUUUUGAUUUUAUUUAAAAGGCUUCACAUCUUGGAAGUACAUGGUAGAAAAUGAUUCUUUUAGCUUAAACUAAAAAUUGUUUGAAUGAUUACAUUAAUACUAAAUGUAUACCACAUGGAAAUUGUUAAACUAUAAGAUAACCAGAAGAUUGGACUAAAAUUAAACCAAAUUUAUGUGAUAAAAAAUGUUUAAAGCUUUUUUAAAAUUGUAAUCACUUGUGUAAUAAAAAUUGUCAUAUUAGUGAUUGUCAUCCAGCAGAAACUUGUCCAUUUUAAUGUGAUAGAAUAAUUGAUUGUGGUCAUAAAUGUAAAUUAUUAUGUAAAGAUAAAUGCAAAUGUACAGAAACAGUUGAUUUAAUUUUACCUUGUAAUCAUAAAAUGAUGGCUUUAUGUGGUACUGAUCCUAAUAAUUAAAAAUGUUAAAAAAAAUAAUAAAUUUAAUUUUCUAAGUGUGAUCAUAUAACAGAAUAUUUGUGUUAUGAAAGAUAAAAAUAUACAAAAGAGUGUUUAUAAAUAUGUCAAAGGAAUCUUCCAUGUGGACAUAUUUGUAAUAAAAUUUGUUCAUAAAAUUGUGGAUAAUGUGAAUAGGAAUGUUAAAAAGAAAGACCAUGUGGACAUAAAAAUAAAUGUAAAAACAAAUGUUAUUAAAAUUGUUCACCUUGUGAUUCACCAGUAGAAACUAAAUUGAUUUGUGGUCAUCAAACAUUCUUUCCAUGUUGUUCUCAAAAAAAAGAUCUAUAAAAUUAUAUUUGUUAAUAAUAAUGUAUUAAAAAAAGAUUAUGUGGUCAUGAUGGAUAGAAAUGUAAGAAUAAAUGCAAUUAAGAAUGUUCCCCUUGUUUAUAAGAAGGUAUAAGAAAUUUAGAAUGUGGACAUGAUAUUUAAGUGAAAUGUAGCACAGCUGAUAUUGAAGUUAGUAAAGCUUAAUGUAUGAAAGAAUGCAAAAAAAAAAGAUUAUGUGGACAUGAUUCAAUCUGUUUAAAUAAAUGUUAUUAAGUAUGUUCUCCUUGUUUAACAAUUAUUAAGAAAACAUUAAAUUGUGGACAUUCAAUCUAAAUAGAAUGUAAUAAAUCUAAAUAAUUUCAUUUAUGUAAAGCAAAAUGUGAAAAAAAAAGACCAUGUAAUCAUAAUUAAAUAUGUACAAAUUUGUGUUCUGAAUAAUGUUCUCCCUGCAAUGAAAUUAUUAAUCAUACAUUUCCCUGUAGUCAUAAACAGGAUUUCAUAUGUUCAUCAUCAGAAAGUUUAAUCUAAAGCUUUAAAUGUGUUGAACCAUGCUUAUUAAAAAGAAUAUGUGGACAUAAUGACCCUUGCUUAAAUAAAUGUUAUGAAAAUAAAUGUUCUCCUUGUUAAUAAAUAUUAAAUAAAAAAUUAGAUUGUGGACAUACAAUUGAAGUUAAAUGUUAUGAAUUUAAUUAAACUUAAAAAUGUUAAUAACCAUGUAAUAAAAUAAGAGAAUGUGGACAUAUCUUUCCAUGUUCUAAAUUAUGUAGCGAUCAAUGUUAACCAUGUGAAUAAUAAGUUCUUAAAAUAUAACCUUGUGGACAUUAACAUUUAAUUAAAUGCUAUUAAUAUUCAUAACCAAUCAUUUGUAAAGAACCAUGUAUAAAAAUUAGAUCAUGUGGUCAUUCAUAUCCAUGCACAAAUAAAUGUUAUUAAGAUUGUAUUAUUUGUAAAGAGAUUGUCUAAUUAAAACUUAAAUGUGGACAUGAGAUUGAUGUUGAAUGUUUUAAAUCAUUACUCCCUUAGCCAAAUUAUAUUUGUUAAAGAUAAUGCAUCAAAACCAGAGUUUGCGGUCAUAAUUUUCCAUGUUAUAACUUAUGUUUUAAAAAUGAUGAAUGCACUCCUUGUCAGGCUAAAAUUUUUAAAUUAUUAAACUGUGGUCAUCAGUACUAAAUUCUAUGUUAUUAAUCUAAUUUAAAUAUAAAAGUUUAAUGUGAAUAACCAUGUAAUAAAAAAAGACCUUGUGGACAUAAUGUACCUUGUCAAAAGUAAUGUUUUGAAUCUUGUACUUUAUGCACUGAAUUAUGUUAGUUUCAAUAAUAAUGUGGCCAUAUAAUAUCUAUUCAAUGCUAUUAAAAAACUGAUUAGGUCUUUUUGAAAAAAUUGACUUGUCUAUAACCAUGUAAUAAAAAAAGAGAUUGUGGUCACAACUUUAAAUGCACAAGAGCAUGUCAUGAAAUUUGUAAUCCAUGCAAAAUUGAAGUUUAAUUAAUUCUUAAAUGUGGUCAUGUUAGUUUAGCUUAUUGUCAUUAAGAUCCAAACAAAUUAUAAUGUACUUAACUAUGUAAAAUUGAAAAGAAGUGUGGACAUUCUUGUAGAUAAUUAUGUGGAUAACCAUGUUUAAGAUGUGAGGAAAUAAUAACUAAAAAAUUCCCAUAAUGUAAUCAUUUAAGAUAAAUAAAAUGUUAUGAAAAUAAUCAAUAUUUGGUUUGCUAAUAAUUAGUUCCUAAGAGGUAUUCCUGUCAUAAACACAGUACCUAGAUUCCUUGUUUUUCAUUUAACUCUUUUUCUGAGAGAUGUCCAGACUGCAAAGAUUGUACAAUAUUCUGA